AAGCCCUCGUGGGUUUGAAAACUCGCACACGAGUAUGAUAUUUGCCUAAAAUUAUGAUCCGGGCUCAUCGUGAUCUUGGGCUGUGAUGAUGAUGAAAUUCUGUAUGGUUCAUUAAAAGAUCGGUCCGACCCGACCCGACGAGCCGUAUAUUGGCGGGGCGACCUCCGGGUCUGCAGCCAUGGAGCCGUUAUGUACACGAAAAGCUGUUGGCAUGUGUUAUCUUUGUGCAAAGGCAGUGAUGAUAAAAUAUCUCGGGUUGAAACAGCAAGGAAAAACUGAACCGUAUCUUGGCGAGGCAACCUCUAGGAUUUGCAGCCAUGGCGGUGUCUUAAUCCUUUGCUUCAUUAUAUGUAUUGUUUGUCUGAGCCUGCACUCUAUAUGAACCUCUCUAUCUAUCCAUCCAUCUAUAUGUCUUUCUGAUUGAAAAAUAGGGGUUACCCUCUGAAAAUGGUGAGCUGAAUUUUCUGAAAUUAAAAGCAUUUGGUAAAAUUGAUUUCCAUCCAAGUAAGUCAAAUGGCGAGUUUAUCUUCCUUUGCAUCUUACUUCCUAUGACGUUUUGGGUAGUAAGUGCAUCAAUGCAUCAAGAUUAUGUACAUCUUGACCCCAACAUCGUUGCCUCGUUGGAAUUUUCUGUUUGUGUGCGUAUGGUUUAUGUGUAUCAUUACCGCAGGAGCAUUGGAAAGUCUCUAUGCUCUUACUCUGCUCGUUCCACUGUGUAUACUUUAAUAGCAUUAUGACUAUUGAAACACACUCCAGAAGUCCAUGGGAAAUCCAUUUUUCUCAGCAGACUAUACCCUACCUUUUGUGGGAUUUUACUGGUUUUGUUGAUGUGGAAACAAAAUGUUGUUGAUCCUGUUAAAAUCUAUAGGCUGGGAUGACAUAUAUGUUAAGUUGAAUGAGCAAGGAAGAAUUGAACCGUAUCUUGGUGGGGCAGCCCUAGGGUUAGCAGCAAUGGCGAUGUCUUCAUCCUUACUCGACCAUAUUUUUUUGAUACACCUGGAAGAGGCUGCAGUCGUAUCCGAGUCUUUUGACCUCGUAUCUGGUCAAAGAUACUCCUGGAAGAGUGUUUGUGCUUGAUCUUGGAAACAGCCUCUCUACUUUCAAAGAGGGGCAAGGUCUGUGUACACACCCCAUACCCUGCUUUUGGUGAGAUUUUACUGGGUUGUUGUUUGGUGUGUUUGUGCUAAAUAGCCUUGGAUUGUAAAGAGAACAAGUAUGUAGGAGAGGAUUUCUAGGGUUGUUGACAUUCUCAUCAGGAUGAUCUCUUGAAAUGCUCAACAACCCUUUAUUUUGGAUCGACAGGGAGGGAUACAUGCUUCAACAACCCUUUUCAUAUCUACGGAUAUGAUUCUUGAUUAUCAUCCCAUCCAUAGAACCAUGAUUGUUGUUGUUGCUGGUGCAUAGUCAGUCUAUGAUGAUAAUGAAUUGUUCUAUAGUUCCUUUGGUGUGGAGUGACUCAACCCGUGUCUUGGCGUGGCGGCCUAAGGUCAGCAGCCAUGGCGGUGCGGCAUGUCCUUUACCCUAUUUCAUUGAUCUGAGCCAUGGUUCUGCAGUCAAGCCAAUAAUGUCUAUUUGGACCCUGCUAUGAAAUGUUGAUUAUAACAUCUACGGAUUGGCUGUGAUGAUGGAUAUGUUGAGUUGAUUGGGUAGAGGAAUAAGUAUGCUGUAUCUUGGCAUGGCAACCACUGGUUUGCAGCCAUGACAGCAUCUUUGUCCUUGCUUGAUUGUGAUUGACUUCUGAGCCAUUUGCGUACACGGAAACCUUCCCCGGACCAUACUCUUGUUGGAUUUUACUAGUUUGUUGUUGUUCAAAGUCAUGUGAUUUCUAUUCUAAAAGGUAAAACAAUUUAUAAAAAAAUACUUCUCCUCGGCAAUUGUUUUCCUUUCUCUAGCAAUUUGGUUAUCCAAACAUACCCUAUUUUUCUUCUAAUGGAAUUAUGAGCCAAAUGCGUUGUUUGGUGAGAGUAUGGGAUGAUUUGGGUGUUCUUUUGGUGAUACACUUUCAAUGAUUUCUUUCCAUUUCCGCACAAUCUCACAGCCCUAAAUAUAAAUUUUGCCUAGUAUAAAUUUCUACAAGCAAGACUGUAAUUUCAUGUAGUACAAAUGAAAUGUUGAUUAUAACAUCUAUGGAUUGGCUGUGAUGAUGGAUAUGUUGAGUUGAUUGGGUAAAGGAAUAAGUAUGUUGUAUCUUGGCAUGGCAACCACUGGUUUGCAGCCAUGGCAGCAUCUUUGUCCUUGCUUGAUUGUGAUUGACUUCUGAGCCAUUUGGGGAAAUGGGGAGAUGUUAAGAGAAUGAAAGCAGAGAGAAAGAUUGAACCGUAUCUUGGUGGGGCAGCCCUAGGGUUAGCAGCCAUGGCGAUGUCUUCAUCCUUCCUCGAUCAUAUUCUUUGUCUGAUCUCGCUGUCUAUAUAAACCUAUCUAUCUACAGGUUGUCACUACCUUAACCGGAAAAAGGUUGCGAUGACAUGUAUGUCGGGUUGAAUGAACAAGGAAGAAUUGAACCGUAUCUUGGUGGGGCAUCCCUAGGAUUGCAGCCAUGGUGGUGUUUUAUCCAUACUAUACCGGACCACGGACCUAUCUGAGUCCUUUGACUUCGUAUCUCGUCAACAAUACACCUGGAAGAGUGUUCGUGUUUGCGCUUGGAAACAGCCUCUCUAGUUUCAAAGAGUGGGUAAGAUCUGUGUAGACACCCAUACCCCGCUUCGAUUGGGUUAUGGGCAAAGGAAUAACCAAUGGUUUGCAGCCAUGACAGCAUCUUUGCCCUUGCUUGAUUGUGAUUGACUUCUGAGCCAUUUGGGGAACUGGCGUGCGAGGAAGGCCGACGGAAGAAGGAAGAAGAUGAGGUAAUAGAGGACUUCCUGGAAUGAUUUCUUUUACAUCAUGUUUGGUUUAAAGAACUUGGAAGAAAAAAAGAAGAUGAAUAAUUCUCUUAUUUUUCU